AUGUAUCCGAAGAGGCCGCUGAGCAGCCGCUCGUGUGAACUCUUUGCGGAAUUUGGGACCUUGAAGAAGGCGGCAGUGCACUAUGACAGAUCUGGCCGCAGUCUAGGAACAGCAGAUGUGCAUUUUGAAAGGAAGGCAGACGCUCUGAAAGCUAUGAAGCAGUACAACGGAGUCCCCUUGGACGGGCGCCCCAUGAACAUUCAGCUGGUUACGUCACAGAUAGACACACAGAGGAGACCAGCACAGAGUGUAAACAGAGGUGGCAUGACCAGAAACCGUGGUGGUACAGGAGGAUUUGGUGGUGGAGGUGGCAACAGGCGAGGUAGUCGUGGUGGGAGCAGAGGGAGAGGCAGAGGAGCUGGAAGAACUUCCAAACAGCAGCUCUCUGCAGAAGAGCUAGAUGCACAGCUGGAUGCUUACAACGCCAGGAUGGACACCAGCUAAAGCAGCGAGCGGCGGCGCAUGGAGCGGACUCCAGACAUCUCAUUCCAUGCUCUCCGGCGGGAGGGGCGUGCGACUGUGGCUACUAAUAUCAAGGAUGGGAUUUGUUUUACUUUUAUGUUUUGGAAUAGGUUUUAAACUCAUGUAAAGGUUUUUUUUAAUUCUGAAGCAGACCUGUUUUGUACUGAGUUAUUUUUGGGAUAAAUUUUACUGGUUGCCUGUUGGGCCGAGGUGGCUUUUUCACCUUUGCCGUAAUAAAAUAGGACCGUGUCUAGA